AUGCUCGCCUGUGACGAUGAUCAGCCGUUGGGUCCGUAUUUGUCUAUCUCAAUCUAUACCACCGUUGGCGGGGUGAUGUGCCCGGAUGUUGACUUCAACUUUGCUUACGGAGCCGACGGAUGGCUAUGGCAUGCGGUACUGGGCCUCAG